CGACUGAGCGUGAGAGAGAGAGAGAGAGAGAGGGAGGGAGGGAGACAGAAGUUUCCUCUGCUUUUGACGCACGGCCGCCGUUCGUUCACUUCAGACGAUGGCACGUAAGUAUCCGUGCGCAGCGCUGUUGCGUUUAGAGCACCGCUGCUGUAAAGAGAACUGAGGAAUCCCAAAAGUGUCACCAUGGCUGAAUAUGGAGAAAACAAGAGCGGUCCACCGGUUGCUGGCUGGAAAGCUGCGCCAGGAGGAGCCGGAAUGAACCUGGAGACGCACCGAGGACAGCCGGUGUCAAACGGAAACUGCAGCGUGAAGAGGGUCCAAAGCGAAUCCAGCUGCGAAUCCCCGACGUGGGAGAGCACGGGUUCAGAUUCAGCCUCCAAACCGAUCCCUCGACGCAGCAGUCUGAUCAAGGAUGGUUCACGUGCCAAUCGAGAGAGGAAGAAGACAGUGUCCUUCAGCAGCAGCCUGUCAGAGAAGAAGAUCAGCAGUGCUGCAGACUGCAUCCAUUCCAUGGUUGAGGGAAGUGAGCUGAAGAAAAUCCGAACCAACUCACGUGUUUACCAGCGUUACUACUUGCUGGACACAGGCCUCCAGGCUUUAAGCUGGGAGCCAUCGAAGAAGGAGUCGGACAAGGCCAGGAUCUCUCUCGCCUCCAUACGAGAGGUGCGGACAGGUCGUAACACAGAAACCUUCCGCACUAGCGGAGUUUAUGACCAGAUUUCAGAGGACUGUGCAUUUUCCAUCAUUUAUGGUGAGAUGUAUGAAAGCUUGGACCUGGUGGCCAACUCUGCUGAAGUGGCUAACAUUUGGGUGACUGGCCUCAGGUAUCUGAUGCAGUAUGGGAGACAUGCCCUCGACAUGCUCGCCAGCAGUCAGGACAGCCUUCGUCUUGUCUGGUUGGAGCAGUUAUUCUCCUCUGCUGCUGAUUCAUACAGACAGGAAGACGUCGAGGAAGGGAUCCACUUGCAGUCAGCCAUUAAGCUGAUACAGAGUGUGAACCCUGGGGUGAACUGUGGCAAAGUUGAGAACAGGUUUAAAGAACUUCAGAGACUUAGGGAGAGGAUGUGUGGGCUUAGUCUAGACAAUGGAUCUGGAGUUAAAGAUCACAGCGAAAACAAAAGACUUGUAACAAGAAAUGAGCAAGUCAGCAAGCAAGAGUUCAUUGAGGUCUUCCAUGACUUUUGCACACGUCCAGAGAUCUACUUUCUGUUGGUGCAGUUUUCUAGCAACAAGGAAUUUCUGGACACCAAAGACCUGAUGAGGUUCCUCGAGGCUGAGCAGGGCAUGCCUCAAGUGGGUAAAACAAAUGAAUCUUGCAUGUACUGUACAGGAGAAAGCAACAUUCACAAAUGCAAUCCCAGCCUUCUCGUUUUAUGUCACUACACCCCUGUCCAAUUUCACCUUCAUUUCUCAGAUACCCUCUGUCACUGUGUCCUCCAGGUGAGCGAGGAGAUGAGCCUGAAUCUCAUCCAGUCCCACGAGCCAUCAGAGGAGGGCCAGCAGCAGGGAUACCUGUCACUGGAUGGCUUCACCAGCUACCUCACUUCAGCAGAGUGCCACCUCUUCGACAGGGAGCAUGACACUGUGUGCCAGGACAUGUCCCAGCCUUUGUCUCACUACUACAUCAGCUCCUCCCAUAACACCUACCUCAUUGAGGACCAGUUUCGAGGUCCGUCUGACAUCUCUGGCUACAUCCGCGCCCUCAAGAUGGGUUGCCGAUGUGUGGAAGUUGAUGUUUGGGAUGGUCCUGAUGACGAGCCAGUUGUGUGUACUGGACACACCCUUUCUCCACCACUGGUCUUGCGUUGUGUGCUAGAAGCAAUUGGAAGGUUUGCAUUUGUGGCAUCGGAGUAUCCAUUAAUUGUAUGUAUUGAGAACCACUGUUCACAUAAACAGCAGAAAGUGAUGUACCAACAUCUUAUGAGGAUACUAGGGCAGAGCUUAUACACAAAUCCUCCAGAGGAAGGGGAGUCAUACUUGCCAUCACCCCAUGCCCUAAAGCAUCGAAUUCUGUUAAAGGGCAAAAAGUUGGGGCCAGGCUCUGAUGGGGAGGAUGGAGAGGUAAGUGAGGAGGAUGAAGGGGCAGAGAUGCGUCAGAGGAUAAAAGCAGCCAACAGUGGAGCUGUAGCACCUGGAGGAAAUGAGAAGGACAUGGUGCAGAAAAGUGCGUCUUUCGCAGCUACCACUCAGUCCAAUCCUCUUCAGCUUCCUCCUAAACGUUUCCAACUGUUGAAGGAGCUCUCUGACCUUGUAACUCUUUGCUGCUCAGUCCGCUUCAUUGACUUUCCAACAUCAUCCAAAGGCCAAAAAUCUUGGGAAUUGUGUUCCUUUCAUGAAUCUUUGGCUUUGCGUCUAGCCAGCGAGAGCCCAGGUGAUUUUGUCAAUCACAACAAGCAUUUCCUGUCACGGGUCUACCCCAGCCCUAUGCGUGUCGACUCAAGCAACUUGAACCCUCAGGACCUGUGGAAGUGUGGAUGCCAGAUUGUGUCUAUGAAUUUUCAGACAGCAGGACUGAUGAUGGACCUGAACACAGCUUGGUUUCGGCAAAAUGGGAAUUGUGGUUAUGUCCUGCGGCCAGCCAUCAUGCGGCAGGAGGUGUCUUAUUUCAGUGCCGACACUAGAGACACUGUGCCUGGUGUGUCUCCACAGCUGCUCCAUGUGAAGGUGAUAAGUGGCCAAAACCUCCCCAAGCCAAGGGGUUCGGGGGCCAAAGGAGAUGUGGUGGACCCCUAUGUGUAUGUUGAGAUCCAUGGCAUCCCAGCUGACUGCACAGAGCGCCGCACCAGGACUGUGACCCAAAAUGGAGACAACCCCAUCUUUGAUGAGAGCUUUGAGUUUCAGAUCAACUUGCCAGAGCUCACCAUGGUUCGCUUUGUGGUGUUGGAUGAUGACUUCAUAGGAGAUGAUUUCAUAGGUCAGUAUACCAUCCCUCUGGAGUGUCUUCAGCCAGGUUACCGACAUGUACCACUCCAAUCUCUGACCGGGGAGGAACUUCCCCAUGCCAAGCUGUUUGUCCAUGUGGCCCUCACCAAUCGGAGAGGAGGGGGAAAGCCUCACAAAAGGGGGUUGUCUGUGCGGAAGGCUCGCAAGGGGAGGGACUACACAGCACUGAGGGAUUUGGGUGUCCGGGCUGUAGAUGAUGUUUUCAAAAUGGCUGCUCCUCUACUAAGAGAAGCCACUGACCUGAGGGAAAACAUGCAGAACUCGGUGGCCGUGUUCAGGGAGCUUUGUGGGAUGUCGGUGGUGGCUAACCUCAUGCAGUGUGUACUAGCUCUGGGCUCCAGAGUGUCAGGACCAGAUGGGACGCCUCUACUACUGUUUGACCUGCAGGACCACUACCCCACUCUGGAGCCACAGGGGCCCUUGCCUGACGUCCUUCGCCGGGUCGUCUCCACCUAUGAAGUGAUGGUCCAGGCCAGCAGAGCGGUGGUCGAGUUCGCUGAUGGAAUCUACGACAGGAUCCUGCAUAUACAGACAACGGCCAUGGAGUUUCAUGAGAAGCUGCAGAGUCUGGCGGAGAAGGAGGGGCUGAAAGGUCGUAAGGUCAGUCGAGCGGUGGAGAGUUUCAGCUGGAACAUCACCAUCCUUAAGGGUCAGGCUGACCUGAUGAAGCACGCCAAAGCUGAAGUCCAGGAGAACAUGAAGCAAGUCCACGAUGCUGCUUUGACAGGAAACCUUACCAAGGAAAAUACUGGAGUGCGAAGAGUCCGCUCCCAAACACGGCGCGGUCAGGACGACAAGCCCACUGUGACUGCUAGAGGACCCUCUGCAAAGCGAGCAAACGACCAACAAAUGAAAGAGGAUGCGACCAAAUUGUUGUUGUAGCUGCUGUGACGGUUGUUGCCAAUGUCUCACUCUGCUGUGGUGGCUUUCACUUUCACAAUACAACAUGAGACCUAUAGCAAGUGUUGGUGUUUUUAAGAGAGUAGAACUGAAGAGUUGAUGAAUGUAAAAGCUUGCUGCAGAUGACCCUCUAGAGCAGUAGAGGUCAGAGCGCUGUAGGAGAUAAAUGACACUGGAGGGAUGAAUGUAGUUUAGAUUUAAAGCCAAGGUUCAGUUUGUACUGUGUUAAAUUGUAAAUAUUAUUAUUUUACUAUUGCUGUUAACCUCUUUUUAUGUGCAAUGUGUCUUGAAGAGAGAGAGAAAUAUGUCUUUUUUUUUGGCACAGUCUGGGAUUACUCGAAGCUCAGCCAAAAGACGUUUAAGGCCCUUUGCAGACUUUUGAAAUACAGCCACCUCCACAUGUUAGCAACUUGUGCUUCACAAAGCCACUAGUCCAGCAAUAUCAAGUGAGGACCCAAAUCAAGAUUGGGCUGGGAUAUGUUUAAAUCAAAAACUCUCUUCACAAUUAUUUUAAUGUGUGAUAAGCAGGAAUAUGUGGAUGUUUGAGGUCUUUUAAUAUUACAUCUCUUUGACCAGUGCAGCCCCUUCAUGUUACUUAUUUCCAUUAAGCAUUAGGUCCAAGUUCACUGCUCUGUAUCAAAUCACCUUCAGGUCCUUUGUCUUGCCAUGAAAUCUUCCACUUCACCCUUUAAGUAUUGUUGUGUCACACAUUCUACAGUAUCCUAUAUUUUUGUAUUUUCCUGAGGCCCUUGAUAUCAUUAAACUGUUACCCUCCACACUGAUCAACUCCAUACAUGUAAACGUCUGCCUCUAGGUAACAAAUACUACUGUUAGGUUGAAAGUGCUUACUUUGUGUGUGAAACACUGUACAGUAUUUUAGUAUGUAAUUCUAUCCUUUUGUUGUAAAGAAUAUUUUCUAUAAGUUAUUGAUCCUGAAUGAAAACAUUCCAGAUAACAUGUCAUUGGUGCAGUAGAUGAAACUUGACCUGUUCAGCUCUGUAAAAGGGUGCAGUUCAUGAUUACCCUCCUUCAUAAUCGGUAUGGAAAUAAACUAGUUUUUAAAUGA